AUGAGUAACCUAGAAAAAUCCCUCUUCCAGCUCAAAUUCACGGCGAAAACCUUACAGCGUCAAGCUAAGAAGGCCAACAAGGAUGAGAUAGCAGAGAAGAACAAGCUGAAGCAGGCCCUCUCGAAAGGGAAUACCGAUGGAGCAAGGAUAUAUGCCCAGAACGCCAUCCGCAAGAAGACAGAGGGACUAAACUUGCUCAGACUAGCAUCGAGGAUCGACGCUGUCGCGUCCAGAGUCGAAACCGCCGUGACCAUGAGAGGUGUCACGAAUAGUAUGGGAAGUGUAGUCAAGGGGAUGGAUAAGGCUAUGGAAAGUAUGAAUCUUGAAAGGAUAUCCCUAGUGAUGGACAAGUUCGAAUCUCAAUUCUCAGAUCUAGACGUCCAAACUUCAUACAUGGAAUCUACCAUGUCGGAUACGACCGCUCUGACCACACCGCAAGACCAGGUUGAUAAUCUGAUGCAACAGGUCGCUGACGAGGCUGGAUUGGAGAUCCAACAUGGUUUAGGAGAGGCUAAUGUACCGGUGAAGGAGCCUGCACCAAGUCAGACGGAAAGUAGUUUGGGUAAUAAAGAGGAGGAUGGGAAAUUGGCAGAGAGGUUGAGAGCUUUGAGGCCCGCUACAUGA